CACUGCUCUGCAACAAUUAAAACAUCGGGGUGUUAUCAGCACUCUUCUCAUCCUAAGCCAAAACACAGCAUUCCACCAGCUACUAGGAAGAAAAUUAAUUCUGUUCUAACUGAAACCAGGACAGAACCUCAUGGCUGGAAGCAGCUAUGUGGCACUGAAGAGGAAGGGCUGAAGCAAUCUUGAGCAGUAUAGCGAGAGGCUGGAGGCACUGCUGUAUAAAACCCAGCACCUCCAGCGUUCCUCACCGUGGCCGUCUCACACCUCUGCUUUGCUCCCGGCGUGCCGAGAUCCCCACCGUCCUCCAGACAUGAGGGUGCUCUGCGUGGUCUUUGCCGUGCUCCUGCUUUUCUCCAUGGCCGCGCCGGGGUACGGGCAGAAGAAGGGCUUUUGCGCAGGGUACUGCUCCUACUCGUGUGCCAAAACGGAUGAGUGGACGUUCCACCAGACCUGCGGGAAGAUGUACUGCUGCAUCCCCCCUCCCAAAAAGGGAAAAUGAUUGCAACGGAGAUCCCAGCGCUGUGUUCAUUGCGUGCCGGAGACGGUUUCGUUGCUUUGAAGUAAAUGUGGCCAAAAGUGA